AUGCCCAAGUUAUUGGAGGUUGAACUUGACCUAAUGUACGAUGAUCUCUACACCAAGGCUCAGCUGGCGACCAAGGCGGCGCGGAAGUCAGCCCCGGCGACCGGCGGCGUGAAGAAGCCGCACCGCUUCCGCCCAGGCACCGUGGUGCUGCGCGAGAUCCGCAAGUACCAGAAGAGCACGGAGCUGCUCAUCCGCAAGCUCCCGUUCCAGCGCCUGGUCCGCGAUAUCGCGCAGGACUUCAAGACCGACCUCCGCUUCCAGUCCUCCACCGUCGCCGCGCUGCAGGAGGCCACCGAGGCCUACCUCGUCGGGCUCUUCGAGGACACCAACCUCUACGCCAUCCACGCCAAAGCGUAA